AUGAAAGGGCUGGACAAAGGGCGUGGCGUCCUGCACCUGCAUGAGAGCAGCGGGAUCCAUGACGUCGGCCUGCCCCAGUGGCAGCUCUUACUCUGUCUGAUGGUCGUCGUCAUCAUCCUGUUUUUUAGCCUCUGGAAAGGAGUGAAGACAUUGGGAAAGCUUGUCCACUGCCACGUUGUGUGGAUCACGGCCACGCUGCCUUACCUCGUGCUGUUUGUGCUCCUGGUCCACGGCGUCACACUGCCCGGCGCCUCCAACGGCAUCAACGCCUACCUGCACAUCGACUUCUACCGCCUGAAAGAGGCCACGGUAUGGAUUGAUGCUGCAACUCAGAUUUUUUUUUCCUUGGGGGCUGGAUUUGGAGUCUUGAUUGCAUUUGCCAGUUACCACAAAUUUGACAACUGCUACAGGGAUGCCCUGCUCACCAGCACCAUCAACCGUGUCACCAGCUUCAUCUCGGGGUUCGCCAUCUUCUCCAUCCUCGGCUACAUGGCCCAUUGCCACUGAAGGUCCUUGGUGUUUCUUGCAGGAGCUGGCCUAGUCUUCAUCCUGUACCCAGAAGCCAUUUCCACCCUGUCGGGAUCCACAUUCUGGGCUAUUGUGUUCUUCAUCAUGCUCCUGGCUCUAGGAAUUGACAGCUCAAUGGGAGGCCUGGCCGACGACUUCCAGGUCCUGAAGCGACACAGGAAGCUCUUCACCUUUGGAGUUACCUUUGGAACUUUCCUUCUGGCCCUAUUUUGCAUAACCAAGGGUGGGAUAUACGUGCUGACCCUGCUGGACACAUUUGCCGCGGGGACCUCCAUUCUUUUUGCUGUGCUCAUGGAAGCCAUUGGAGUGUCCUGGUUUUAUGGUGUGGACAGGUUCAGCAAUGACAUCCAGCAGAUGAUGGGGUUCAAGCCGGGCCUGUACUGGAGACUGUGCUGGAAUUUUGUCAGCCCUGCCUUCCUCCUGUUUGUGGUGGUGGUCAGCGUCAUCAGCUUCAAGCCGCUCACCUACGAUGACUACAUCUUCCCACUGUGGGCCAACUGGGUGGGCUGGGGCAUCGCGCUCUCCUCCAUGGCCCUGGUGCCCACCUACACCGCCUACAAGUUCCUCAGCACGCGGGGCUCCAUUUGGGAGAGACUGGCCUAUGUCAUCACGCCAGAGAGUGAGCAUCUCCUGGUGGCCCAGAGGGAUGUCAGGCAGUUCCAGCUGCAGCACUGGUUGGCCCUCUGAACCUGACCCCCAGGAGGGACCCUGCUGUGCCGAUGUCCAGGUCAAGUCACCACCACCCUGGACGCUGUCCUGGGAUUCCUCUCCUGGAGGCGUUCUUUCUGACCCUUCUUCCUCUUGUCCCAGUUACAAAUGCUGUGCUCCGGUUUUCAUUCACCUUCCGUUCACCUGGCCUGGGGACUGUGAGCUUGGAUUGGUGAGCCUUGAGGGAGAAGAGGAGAGGAGGGAACAGGAAAAAUGACUCUGUUGAACUGCUUUUGCUUUGGGAGGUCUCACCCAACUUGGGAGCGGCCCAGGCUGAGCUCCACAGCGCGGGCAGAACUCCCCACCUCGUUUACUUGUACUUUAGGCCACAGAAGAAAUCCUCAGUCCAACAAAUCAGAUAGAGGAUAUUGCUUUUUUAUGUCAAACAUCGUAAAACUAAACACAAACAAAAGCCGGCUGAGUUGGAGGCUCGGGUGUGGAGGACAUAGAUCCUUCCUCUCUUGUCCACUCCAGGCAGCACACAGGGAUCUGAACUGUGCCCUGUCAGGGGGUUUGGGUUUAUUUGUCCCUGUCAUGAAGGCCAAGGGCAGAUGCUCUUGGGGAUGGUGAACAGAAACCUUCAGAGUUAAUUUUCACUCCAGCCAAUGGAGUCUGAUUUGCGUGUGUGCUGGAGUGUGGCUGCUGGUGGUCAGGUGAUAGGUCAUGGAUGUGGAGGUCAUGGGGUAGGAUGGCGAUGAGCUGCAGUGAGCGGUGUCUGCAGAAGUGCAGACAGGCUCACGGAGGCCACAUGCAGGGCAUGUUCUGUUAGGCACACAGGGCCCAGAAACCCAGCUGUGGGUCCUGAGGCCUCUCUGGGUGGUUGGGGACAGAAGCUCAGCGAGGCCAGAAGUGAGUCUCUACCAUGGGAUUCUCUGCUGUCCUCACAGGAGCGGGUGAGUGCCCAAGGGCAGCCUGAGAAGCUGUUUGUGUAUUCAUCGUUCACGGACACUUGCAAAAACCUUUCCCUGGGAAUCCCACCCAGCACAGACCAGCAGAUUCAAGUGAAGGAGUUGGCCCUGAAAACUCCCUUUGUCACUCUUCAUGGACUGGACGUGGCACCUUGGAAGGCCGGGUGGAACCAAACACACAGCAACCUGGUCGUUCAAGCUGAAGAGAGUAUUCUGAGUUGCUGGCGCAGACUGGUGGUUUUAGAGAAUUUCCAGGUUGACGUCUGAUACAGACUCGCAAGUGGUGCCCUCUGGUGGUAGUCAUGGUUAGUUUCAGCUCAUUCAGAGAAGUGAUUUGUAGUUGAAGUUGGUGGCAUUUAUUUGGAGUUUCUAUUUAUGGUUUGAGUCUCUUACGCCCCACCCCCCCUUUUUGGAAAUCUGGACUUAUGGGGCUCUUAUUCUGACUGUGGGAGCCCCUGUUGCAGAAACUUGGGUCAGGAAAAGGGGACCAUUCCAUUUAAUGCUGGAAGUGCUGGGAGACACACAUCCAGAAGGCUCUUUGCAUGAAACUAGGGUGUCACUGAGCCUGAUCAAUCAAUCAUGCAGUCUGUGAAGAGGAUUAUGUAGAGGCCAGCUUGGGGCAAGGGGAUGGUUUUCCUUCUGAAGGCCCCAUGUCCCUUCUGAGUCAGGGUUCUCAGGACAUUCUUUAGAUUACAGGGGAUCAAUCAAGAGACUUCUAGGAAAUAUGAAAAAGGCCAGCCCAAAGUCUGAGACAGCCCAAGUGGCAGUUGCUGUGGACCCUGUAAAAGCUGGGGCCUGGGAGCCUCCAACAGGGUGGAACAGGAAGGCACUGGUCUGGGAGACGGGAGUGGGAGAUCCACCCCUGAUGGAAUAUGGCCCCGGAAGGGACCCGAGAUCCUCCCGUGAAGGGUAAUUCCCCCUUAAUGUUACAGGUUUUCUUACAAAGCACUUUUAUCCACUCCCAUCUGCCCAGUGAGGACUGCAGGGCCGGCUUCUGUGUCCCCAUUUCCCAGGUGAGACAAGCAAGGCCCAGCACUGCAGUCACUCUUGUUCAACGUUUCUCAGAUGUGAGGCAAUCCAGUUGGACCUCCAGUCAGAUCCCCUGACUCUCAGCCCAGAGCACCUUGACAUUCUGUGUUUGAUAUGGUUCACCCCACCCAGAGUCACCAUUAAAAUCCAACAGGAUUCUAGUCAAGUGGCCGAGGGGUGUUUCUUAGCAAAAGAACAAUGCAUCAGAAGAAGGGAAAGGGGGAGAGGAUGCAAUUUAUUCUCAUCUAACUAGUUGCCAGAGAGAAAGUCAUUCAGCUGCUUUCUUUUGGUGGCAGUGAUGGCUCUGGGGAACAGCAGGGUGGGGAAAGCUGAGUCUACCUGGCUGAAAUGAGAGCAAACAGCCAGAAAAGCCUGUGUCCCAGAACAGGGACACACCUGAGAGGCAGCCUGUGGUUUUCUCUUUGCAUCUGCACGCGGCCCUUCUGCCUCCAGACAUCCGUCCUAAGGGUGACUCGGAGGUGUAGUGCUCGCUGAUCCAACCCCAAACAACACAGUGGUGCUGCCUUGAGGUGGAAGUUGGCCCCUGAGCCUGGGCUUGGGGGAACGUGGCCCCAAGCUGGGGCCCUGGGGUGUGGAGGGACCCCAGAAGAAGCCCUUGGAAGUUCUCGUGGAGGUGCCGGCCAGCCUGCUGGGUUCACCUUCCCUGCACACUUAAUGCCGCGGGAGUACGUGCUUUAUCCUAAAUAACAUUUGACUUAUUUUUUGUGGCCUUUGUUUGAUAGAGUUACCCAGAAUCAGGGUGCUCCUGUGUACUGUAUAUUGACACUUUUGAUAUUUUACCAGAUUUUAAAGGAAUUAUUAUUUUCCACAAAAUGUAAAAUAUCUGUUUGAGACCAUUGUGUUAACAUCUACUCAGUGUCUACUUAUUGAAUGUCCUCCCGUUAGUUGGUCUUCAUUCUAGAUGCCAGCAAGACAGAGGGGAAGGGGAGCUGCCAACUCUUGCCCAAUAUCCUGCUGAAUGAAAGUCCUGGAAGCUGCCUUAAUCCUCAGCGGGGUUUCCUCCAAGUGGGGACCAGUCUCCUCCCAGAUGAUCUGUGCCCCAGCCCCAGUAAUGUGAGACCAAAGCAGUCCUGCCAAAGAAGUCAUUUCUUAGUAAAGGAGCCCACUGAGUUCAUUUCAUUUGUUUGUUUGUUUCCUUUGAAAGCUAUGGAGUGGAGAAGAACAGAGAGGGAGGGUGGUGUGGUGGAAACAGCACAGCAUUUAGAGUUGCACAGAUCUGGGUCUGCAGGGGACUAGCUGGUUUCUUGGGAGAGUGGCUCCAUUGCUGUGAGCCUCAGAGUUCUUUGUCUGUAAAGGCAUGGUUGGAUCAGAUAAUCAAAGGUUCCCUAAGUCCCAGGACCCACAGCUCUGUGGAUGUCAGCAUAGUGAUUACUACAAUCAGAGAAGUCACCGAGAUACUAGUGACUGUGAAGCUGCUCUUGGGCUGCCCACACUCAUCCCACUGUUUCUCCACUUCUGUGUAAAUAAGGACUGUUCAGUGGUGCCCUCUCUGUGUCAUGGACUGUUCCAGUGUCAAUCAGAUUUCUAUGUCUGGUGUGGAUUUAUUUUAAAAGCUGUGCUCUUCAUGGAAAAAUAAGUGUAUACAGUAAUAAAGACUAUUUCCUGUGC